CAACGAUUAUCGGGAGCGUUUCUUAAUACACAGGACUAUCUUGUCCACAAGAAUCGGCACGAAACGGAUGGAGUCAACAUCAGUGGGACGUAACUAUGGACGUUGUUUGUUGUGUGUUAGUAGUGCCUCGCAGGAGUAGGAUCCGAAAUCGAUCGUCCCUCGCUCCCGCCCGAGCCCGCCAAAAGCAAGAAAGAAAGUACGAGAAAAACAAGCUUGCAGACAAGGAUGGUGGAUUCGACCAAGGAUUUUUCGACUACCAAUUACGCGAGGCUUGAUCGGGUCUGCUUUGCUUUGCUUUGCUUGCUCUUUGCUUGCUUGCUCUCGAUCGUCAAUUCAUUUCCGGUUUGCGUCUCCCACACAGACGGUGAACUGCUUCUUCAAGUCAGAUCGCAGGCUGUAUACAUAGCAAGGCGUUUCGAUCCCUCGAGCGGAAGGCGACAACCAUCAGCCAGGCAAAAGACGAGACAAGCUCCGCCCAUAGUUCCGCAGGUUGCUGGUUUGCUGACGGGAGGCCGCGGGGCUUUUGUUGACGUUUGGGGGGCGAUACGAGGAUCCAACUGGCCAACCAAGUCCAGUCCAGGCCAGCCUAACCAGCCUAACCAGCCUAACCGGACUGAAGCUGACCUGCCCUACCAAACCACCAAGUACCUACUGUGUGUACUAUGCACCAAAUAGGUACAUAGUACUGUCUGUGUAUGUAGUAGCCACUAAACCGCUACGAGUACAACAACAACAACCCACUCGCACUCGCUCACCACCGCCACUCCACUCCCAAACAAUCAUUCAUCCUCCACUCACUAUUACUGCACUUCACUUCACAACACUCCACCUUCAACACUCGCUACCCGACAAUUCCCUUUCAUUCAAAUGCACCACAG